CCAGAUUAGCUGUUCCCUCGUGCUGUCCCUGGGCCACCGCCAGGCCCUGUCCCCUCCCUGUCCCCGCCACCUCCCGCCCUGCCACAGGCAGAGUUUGGGGUCCUUAACCCGUCCCCAGCCCCAUAAGUGGGUCCCAUCCUGCCCCUUCAUCCCAGGGUGCGGGUGCACUGGGGGUGCUGGGAGCUGGUGGUGCCCGGGGCUGCGUUGAGGCCCAGCACGUUCAGCUCACUGGUGAUGGAGGCACUGAGGGAGCUCAGAUGGGCCCCAUUCCCAGCCCCAUUCCCAUGCCCAUCCCAAUUCCCAGCCCAAUCCCAGACCCAGAGCAAUCCCCAACCCACCCCAUUCCAAUCCCUUCCUAUCUCCAUUCCUAGUCCAUCCCCAGCCCCAUCUUCUCCCCAUUCUAAUGCCUUCCCAUUUCCAUGCCGUUCCCAGCCCCAUCCUCUCCCCAUUCCAAUUCCUUCCCAUCUCCAACUCUAACCCAUCCCCAGCCCCAUUUCAAUUCCUUCCUAUCUCCGUUCCAUUCCCAACCCCAUCGUCUCACCAUUCCACUCCCUUCCCAUCUCCAUCCCUAUCCCAUCCCAUGGGACACUCAUGACCAUCCCCACUGCUGGGGCACCACAAGGGGGGUGUCACCCCUCGGGCAGCCACAUCUUCAGAGGACACACAGAAACUUCCAGCCGCAGGGAUGGAGCCGGAUUCCUGGAUGCUCCCCCCUCCUCCAUAGAAGCGCGUUAUCGCUCCGUGGGGCCGCAUCCGGCCGCGCUGGCGCCCGGCCACAUCCCGGGCCCCGCGGCGCUGGCUCUAACCUGGUUACGGGGAUGGAUGGGCACCGGCACCGGCGCUCACCGGGGGAUAUAAGGCGGGUUCGGGGCCGGGGAGCGGCGGCGCCGCCGCAGCCAUGAGCAGCCUGUCCGCGCUGCGGGAGGGCUACGAGCGCUUCGACCCCCGCGCGUACCUGCACAACAACUACCUGCCCCCCCGCGCAGACUUCUCCUCAGAGGAGUUCGUGGUACCCUGGAAGCUGCGAUGUCUCGCUGAGACCUUCGCCACCGGUGAGAUCCACGGGCGGACGCUGAUCGAUGUGGGUUCGGGUCCCACCAUCUACCAGCUGCUGAGCGCCUGCGACCACUUCGAGGAGAUCGUGGCCACCGACUACCUGGCGGUGAACCGGGAGGAGCUGCGGCGCUGGGCGCGGGGGGACCCUGGCACCUUCGACUGGAGCCCCUUCAUCCAGCAUGUCUGCAAGAUUGAGGGGCGCGGGGAGCCGUGGCAGGAGAAGGAGCGGCGGCUGCGGGCCCGGCUGCGGCGCAUCCUGCCCAUCGACGUGCACCGCUCGGAGCCGCUCGGGGCGCCGCUGCGGCCGCGGGCGGACGCGCUGCUCUCGGCGUUCUGCCUGGAGGCGGUGAGCCCGGACCGCGCCGCCUUCGCUCGGGCGCUGGCGCAUGUGUCCUCGCUGCUGCGGCCGGGGGGACACGCGGUGCUGCUCGGGGCCCUCGGCGAGUCCUUCUACCUGGCGGGGGCCGCGCGGCUGCCCGUGGUGCCGCUGGACGAGGGCGAUGUCCGACGGGCCCUCGACGGCGCCGGCUUCGUGCUGCGGCAGUUCCGCUCCUACGCCAUGCCCGCGGCGCUGCGCACCGGCGUGGACGAUGUCGAUGGUGUCUUCUUCGCCCAUGCACAGAAGCCGCUGGAAGAAUGAGGGGUCCCACACACCCCAAAACACUGAUGUGGGGCGCCCGAGCCCCCCAAUAAAGCCCUGAGGUGCAUGGAA